AUGACUGAGCUAUAUUUUCUACGCCACGGCGAACGAAUAGACCACGCUUUGAAGAAGGAUCCACAGGCGACCCCUUUAUUGGAUGACUACAAGCUGUAUGACCCUUCCUUGGCCACUUCGGCAAUACCGCAGUUGAAACUGGUGGUGGACGAUAUAUGUGCAACCACAGAGGCAUUUCAAGACCAGGAAUCAUCAUUACGAAAAAACGUGUAUAUACACUUUAGUCCCUAUCUCCGGUGUUGCCAAAGUGCAGAUAUUGUCAUAACAGAGUUGAAGUCCAAGUUUGCUGAAAAGUUUGGCAAUUAUAAAGUGAGAUUCCAGUUAUUGGGUGAUUUCGCCCUAAGUGAAUGGGUCCACCCGAAUAUGGAAAAUAAACCUCCAUUUGUUGAUUCAAACGAUGCCUAUAAUAUGUACACUCCCAAUUUGAAGACGCUAAAGAAUAAGAACGCUUGCUCGAAUUUCCGUCCUACUGUUACCUUGGGCCAGUAUAAUGGUCCAAACUUAUCCUUUAAGGAGUACCAACUGCGAUGUAAAGAGUAUUUCCAGAAAUUGUUGGCCACUUAUGACAAACCAUUGUACAUUAAAAAUAAGGACAUUAUAAUCGUCAUCUCGCACGGGUACAUGAUCAAUAACUUUAUGUCGUUUUUCACAAGCCACCCAAUAUUUCAGGAGAUUCCUGAAGCAAAGAUAAAUUUCGCCAAGAGGGUGAAGAAGGAAGAACUUAGUAUUGCUGAUGAUAAUGAUGAUGAUGAUGAUGAUGAUGAGUUUAAUCCAGCAAAUUAUACAUGGCGUAUGGAAAAGGACGCUUUAGGAUUAUCGCAAGAAAGUGAUCUGGGCGAUAUGACUUUAAACUUGGAAUCAGAUAUAGUAUAUUACAAGACAAACUUUAUAAAAAAGAAUGAUUUACUUGAAAAGCCAAAAGAGCAGGAGCAGCAACAGCAGCGGCAGCAGCAGCAACAGCAGCAAAAUCUGCUGUUACUGCUGCUGGUGCAGCGGCGCAUUCCCCAAGAAUAUAAGCCCAGAGCUUCAUUCAAAAUUGAAUCAACAUCUGCGUCACAUAGUAUUAAUGGGAAGCCGCCAACAAUGCAUAAUUAUCUUUGCCCUGCUGCCAAAAACUGGAUACCUGGACAAAAGCAUUUCAAAAUCAAGGCAGAUUUCAAGGAAAAAAUCAUUAAUGAUGAGUCCUUUAGAAGAAACUUUUCCAUAACGAACCCGCCUUUGAAACAAAUAAGUCCUGAUGUGUCACCCAACUCGGCACCAAGUAAUUACAAUUCAGUAAUUGAUUUGUCGAAAAUCAUGAGCAAUGAAUCGCUUCAGCCUAUCAAGUUGAAAUACUCAAACACAUCGGAUAUACCGAUUCACAAAAUAAAUUCUCGAGUAAACUCCCAAGUAAAUCUCAAUCAGGGGUAUAAACAAACACCACCACCAUCGUCAUCAUCGGCAUCGGCAGAAAACUCGAUGACGGAUUUGCCGAAAUAUGUUUCUUUCUUGCAAAACAGGCACAGGUCAAGCUCGAACCCUAAUGCUCCUGUUGUCAUUGCGCCUUUCACAAAGGAUUCUUAUUUUCCACAAGUAAUAAACAGAGUGAAAUCGAAUGAUUCUGAAAUGUCAAUUGAUCUUCCUAGUGACCAGAGCUGUGACGAAUUAGACAUAAUUGACGAAAAAUCCGAGCCGUCAUUCACCUCAGCUGCUUCGGCAGCGCCCAGAGCAUCACCGUUGGAUACCUUAAAUAGAGCCAGGUCGUUGAACAAAAAAACGGUUAACAAUCCUUUACUAGUAUCAUAUCAGAAAAGGUCUCAGCAGAAUUUCCUGACUAUGCUAAGCAAGUUACCAUACUCAUCUGGUUCAGCGGCAGCAGCAUCAGCUUCAAACGAGGAACAGGAGAGGAGUGCCGUGGAUGGGAAUGAAGCAGAUAACGAUGAUGAUGAUGAGGAGGAGGAUCGCCGUGGAGAAGAAGACGACGACGAUGAUGAUGAUAAAGGAAGUGAUAGUUCUACUGAUGUCAGUAGCGAGGAGCAAAACUUUUCACUAAAGUUUAGGAACCGUUCGUAUAGUGAUCAACAAAAAGGUCACCGACUGCGCGGCGGUACGUCAAAACAAGAUGCUUAUAAGCGCAAGACAUUGGCGGAUGAGAAAAACAAGCAAACACUCGAGACUUUUCCAAACUAUUCAAGGACCCUGAAACCUGAAACAAAGAAGGGAGAACCUAUGUUUUACAAUUUCGAAACAGACGAUAGUGAUCUCGAGGAUGAUUCUUACAAAUCUGCAUCACAUUAUAAAGGACUGGAGUCUACAAGGAGUAAAGAUGACUAUAUGUGGUUCGGUGGUAAUAGAAACUAA